UCCCGAUUCCGUAUUUGUGUUCUGUCUCUUUGCUUGUUUAGUCUCUCCUCGUCCCUCAAUCAUCAUCUGAAACUCCAAAAUUCGCCUUCUUUUGCGGCUUUUUUCUUCGAUAAUCUAUCAACCAUGUCGAAAUUUUCGAGAUUUUCUCUGGCUAUCUCUUAUUUUCUACUCGUCUCAACGAUUGUCAGAGCCACCGAUGUCAAGUACUGCGAUAGUAACCAAGACUAUGAAGUAAAGGUUCAAGGAGUUGAUAUAUCGCCUAAUCCUAUAGCUCGAGGCGAGCCAGCUACUUUCAGCAUUUCUGCCAACACAGAAGGAUCUUUCAUUGUCCUUGUUCGUUCUUGCUUGGUUUGGUAUUUGUUUCUAAUUUGGGUAAGCUUCGUGUUAUAUGAAGACAAUAUGAUCUCAAGCGGGAAGUUGGUGAUCGAAGUUUCCUACUUUGGGUGGCAUAUUCAUUCUGAGACACAUGAUCUUUGUGAUGAGACUAAAUGUCCCGUGGCAACUGGAGAUUUCUUGGUACAGCACUCGCAAGUUCUACCUGGAUAUACUCCUCCUGGAUCAUACUCACUUAAAAUGAAGAUGCUUGAUGGGCACAAGGAGUUAACAUGUAUCAAAUUCUCAUUUGAUAUUGGAUUCGGAUCAUCUGUGGCCGACAUUUAG